AUGCAAAAGCAGCUUGACAUCAGUAAUAGCAUGGUGGCUUUCAAGCACAAUAGGGAAGACAAGACUACCCGUCUUAAUCUUUCCAAUCAAAUCAAGCUGAUGGACCAUCAAUUGGAUCACAGAUACAGACUUGCUCUAUUAGUUGCACAACUACGCGACGUGGCUGGAAUCAAAAUGCUGACAUUAAAACUCAUUUCGAUCUUCAUCUUGUUUCUGUGUGUCUUGUUAUUCUUCUACAUCAUGGCACUUUUCGAUGCAGGUCACUACUAUACAUCGUUGGGCUUUGUGAUAUUCAUUUUACUCUUCGCAUUCCGGCUUAUCUACAACAGCUAG